UCCAACCCCCAUCAUCCAACCCUCUCUCUCCUUCCUCAUUUCUGCCUCAUGGCCAUGGCUGGCCUGCCCCUGCUACAAGUAGUAGUAGUAGUAGCAGCAGCAGUAGUUGCGGUCUCCAGCGGCGCCACCACCGCCCCGGCCGGUUGCACUGCCCCGGCUGACAGCGGCUCCACGCUGCGCGUUCUCCACGCCUUCGGCCCCUGCUCCCCCUUCCACUCAUCCGCCUCCUGGGAGGACACUGUCCUCGACCUCCUCUCCCGCGACGACUCCCGCCUCCUCUACCUCGCCUCCCUCGCCACCGCCCGCCGAUCCUUUGUCCCCAUCGCCCCCGGCCGUCAGCUCCUCCAGACCCCUACCUACGUCGUCCGCGCCCGCCUUGGCAACCCGCCUCAGCCCCUCCUCCUCGCCGUCGACACCAGCAGCGACGUCGCCUGGCUCCCUUGUUCCGGUUGCACCGGCUGUCCCUACUCCGCCGCCGCCUCGCCCUUUGACACUUCCCGCUCCAUCACUUACCGCCCCGUCCCUUGCGGCGCUCCGCCGUGCUCGCAAGUCCCCAACCCCUCCUGCCCCGCCGGAUCCACCGCCUGCGGCUUCAACAUCACCUACGGCUCCUCCUCCCUCCUCGCCUCCCUCGCCCAGGACUCCCUCUCCCUCGCCUCCGACGUCGUCUCCGGCUACAACUUCGGCUGCCUCAAGAAAACCACCGGCCCCUCCGUUCCACCCCAAGGCCUCCUCGGCCUCGGCCGCGGCCCCCUCUCCUUCCUCUCCCAAACCAGGAACAUCUACGCCUCCACCUUCUCUUACUGCCUCCCUAGCUUCAAGUCCCUCAACUUCUCCGGCACUCUCCGCCUCGGCCCUGCCGGCCAGCCCUACCGUAUUAAAACCACUCCACUCCACUCCAACCCCCACCGCUCUUCUCUCUACUACGUCGAUAUGGUCGGGAUCCGGGUCGGCCCCAAGGUGGUCGACAUCCCGCCGGCGGCACUGACCUUCGACGCCGCCACCGGCGGAGGGACGAUCUUCGACUCCGGGACGAUGUUCACCCGCCUGGUGGCGCCGGCGUACGUGGCGGUGCGGGACGAGUUCCGGCGCCGGGUGCGGGGCGCCGGCAAAGUGACGUCGCUCGGCGGGUUCGACACGUGUUACAAUGGCCCCUUCGUGGCGCCGGGGAUAACGUUUAUGUUCGUCGGGAUGAACGUGACGCUGCCGGCGGACAACUAUUUGAUUCACAGCACCGCCGGGUCGAUCACUUGCCUGGCCAUGGCGGCAGCGCCGGACAACGUGAACUCGGUACUUAACGUGAUUGCCAACAUGCAGCAGAUGAACCACCGCGUUCUCUUCGACGUGCCCAACGGCAGGCUGGGCGUCGCCCGCGAGCGCUGUACCUUUUAAAAGAUUGGAUUCCUUCUGAGAAUGUGAUACGCCAUAACAGAGCUCUUGCCACUGGGAGAGUAUUAUUAUUACUAUUAUUAUUAUUAUUAUAUUUAGUAAUUUUGUUUCAAAAUUAUAAGUACCUCUCUCUAGUACUGCUCAUGUUGCUGUUGUUGUUGGCUUGUAUUCAUCUUGUAGUGUACUAUAGUGUUGUUUGGGUCUGAUGCCAUGCUGAAGAGCAGUGCUGUUACUGUAUCAGUAGAUCAAAGGUGUCGUCCUUUUAAUCUUUUUUAUUUUACGUUUUAUCGUUUGGUCGACAGGAGCGAGAUAAGGGAAUAUUCUAUGGCUUCUUAAAAC